CACCCCAACCACAACUACAUCUACAUAGUCAACGACGUCGUACGACCCACUACACAUACCCACAUUACUAUAUUUACUCUAAUUUCAAUUUCAUAUAAAUUUAUUAUUAUACGUUCGUAGAUGGACCGAACCGUUGGGUCCAGGGGACGGGGCCACGCAUCCACGUCAGCAGGCACGAGGAACAACAACAACAACAACAACACGAGCGCUGCCGCCUUGGGUGCGAGGAGCAGAAACAAAAUGGUGGCGGCGGAGGAGGAGCCGGGGUCGUCGAGCCACCCGGCGGUGGUGUUCGGAAACAUGGUGAGGGAGAUGGCGGAGAAGAGGGCGGUGGUGAUAUUCACCAAGAGCACCUGCUGCGUCAGCCACAGCAUAAAGGUGCUGUUCGUGGACAUGGGGGUGAACGUGGAGGAGCACGAGCUGGACAAGCACAUGUUGGGCCCCGAGCUGGAGUGGGCUCUGAAGAGCAUGGGCUGCGCCCCGCCCGUCCCCGCCGUCUUCAUCGCCGGAAAACUCGUCGGCUCCGCCACCCACGUCUUCACCCUUCAGGUCUCCGGCCGCCUCCGGCAAAUGCUCCUGGAUGCCAAUGCACUUUGGGUCUAGUGGCUAAUUAAUCAAUCAAUAUUACCUAAUUAA